AUGCGUGAAGUAUUGCGCAAUGGAAACCCUAGUCGCCCCCCGCUAACAGCUUUCAUUCUACACGCCAUGGAAAAAUUCAGCAAACAGUUAAAAAUACGACGGUGUUUUCAAUGCAAUGGGAACACAGAAUUUUACUGUAACACGUGUAAUUAUGACCUGUGUCUACAGUGUAAGGAAAGACAUGUUUUUGAUCUACACACCAAAUGCCAUGACGUUGUGAUUUACCGUGAGAAAUUCGAAUACAUCCCAAUACAAGAGAACUGUGUGAAACAUUCAGAAAAAAUUUAUGAAAUUUUCUGUACAUCUUGUGAAGAACCACUAUGUUUCCGUUGUAUAGAACGCAUACAUGAACUUAUGGACAUAAGAAUAGCCUAUAAAUUAAAACGUCAACAACACAGAGGAAUCAUUCACAACAUCAGAAGUGAGAUUCUCUAUAACAAUCUUUUUCUCAUGACAGGAAUAAAAGCUGAUAUAAAAACAUGUUACACACAAAUCUCCAGCCUUAAAUCAAAGGUGUUAAGAAAAGCCCAAAGACUUAAGGACGUCAUUGACACUGUGGUUUGUGAUGUAAAAAUCAGAUGUACAAGAUAUAGCAUGAAUAAAUUACCAGAACAAAAUAGAAAAAUCAGCAGAUACCUUGCCAGCAUAGAGAACUAUGUACACAUAUCUGAACAGUCAGCAAACAGAGCGGUAAAAUUCCUCUUAUACCAAAAGAAAGCCCUUUUCUCUAAGAUCGAGGGCAUCUCUAGUCGUGCACAACACAACCUAUCCUUCUCGACUGAGAAAAGCAACACGGAGGAUAUGAUAAAAUUGAUAAGUGAAAUCAAAAUCCUAGAGAGAGGAAGAAGACAAGUAAGAAAUGAAGAUCUGCUGAAUCUGACGUCAGCUUCUGUAUUACACAGAUCUGUCACAGUGCCCGGUGUUAAUGGGGUAACACACAUUUCCUGUGUGACCCCAAACUUAGUCUGGAUCAAUGAUUAUCAUAAACUCAUCUUAACAAACACAGCAGGUGACACAUUACAUUAUAUGGCAGAUAUAUGGAGUUAUACAUGGAGUAACGGAGCACACUCCGUGAACAUAGCUGGUGAUCUUAUUUAUAUAGAUAGGGGCGGUAACAUUAAAAGACUAUCUAAAGAUAGCAGUACAAGUAAAACACUGAUAGAGAAAACAAAUUCAUGGCAACCGCAGUGUGUCUACUGCUCCCAGUCCAAUGGAGACAUAUUGGUCAUGAUGUGGAAUACUGAUAAAAGUAAAGGUAAAGGCAUGCUAACACGUUAUAAUUACAAAGGACAACCCAUACAGACAAUAGGACACAAAAAAUCGGGUCAGAAAUUGUAUAGUUGUCCUAUCUACAUCACAGAGAACCGCAAUGGAGAUGUUAUUGUGUCUGACUUUAUCGAUUAUCAUCAAGGUGCUGUAGUAGUGACAGGGCGUGGAGGAAAAUAUCUUUUCUCCUACACAGGACCCCCAACAGGAUCAGGACUACGACCACAUGGAAUCUGUACAGACGUGCUUUUAAACAUUAUGGAUUUCACAGGAAUUCCCAUCGAAACUGAUUGUGUCCCCUCAUAA